UCAAUGGAAACAUUAAGAGCAGCUGCAUUGGGAGCUGUCAGAAGUUACUCACGUACUCUGAGAGAAACGUGGAGACUCUGAUCAGAGAAAUACUGAAGAGCAAGUGACAAAGAGAGAAUCCAAAUGCAAAGAUGCUUAAAUAUACUCCUCCUUGGCAGGCACUUUGUCAAGCAAGAGACCAACAGAGUAAGAAACAAGUGAAUUUGGAGACUCCGAUAGAGGUGUCUGUGGUGAACGAGGUGAGGUCCCAGCCAAGUGUCUCUCUCCCCAAGGAUUUGGCUCUCAGGAAUCUGACAAACCUUGACCCUCAGCCAGUAGGAAUUCCAGAAGGUGAACUUGUGCAGAGCCAAGAUUCAGAACAAGACAGGGAUCUUUCCAAAGAUACCAGGGAGAUCUCGAAUACUGGAUCCAGAAACCGACUACAACAGCAGGUAGAUAAUGAGCUUGUGUUGAAGGAAGGAGGGGAUAAAGAAUCUGAUUCCCUCAACCAUCCACAGUGGUUUACUCAAAACAAGGAUUCUCUGGAAGAGCAGCCCUCCGACCCAAUGGAGAAAACUGAGGGAAAUGUCUUUGCCACCAACAAUGGAUCUUUGCUCAAUUUUGAUUACUCAUGCCAAAGUCCUGAAAAUGGAACCCAUUUGCUUUCACACAAUCCAAAUACAAUCACACUGAUUACUUCAGGGUCGUCUGUUUCAGACACUCCAGCAUCCAGGAUUGAUGAUAGUAAUGAUGUCAUCAUUCAUGCAACAAAGGUUUCUGUCAUCCAGCACCCUGACGUUGACGAUCAUGACAGUCCAGCUCAUCAUGACCCAUUUUCUUCAAAGACACAGCAAGACGAAGAUUGGAUCCAUUCCACAAAAGUAGCCACCAUCAAGAGUGAAGCGAACUUUGACCUUCGGACUUACCAUGUGGAGAAAAAGCCAACAAAACUCUUUCCUAAUGACGAGGGAGAAAAGUACCGUGCGGUAGUCAUCAAAGGAACAGCUGAUGAUGAGGCGCUCAUGAAGGAGAGAAAACAGAUUAUUAGAAACCAAGCCAUGAAGAAAAACGCCACCAUUGCUGAGAAAUGGGGGUCGGCAGAGCAACUGAAUAUGGAGGAGAAACCGUCACUUGCAGAUUCCGGGCAGAAACAUGAUAAAGUGGAGAUUCCUUCCACAGAAACCAAUGCGUCACCCUUCUCAUUCUCCACCACUCAUUCUGAAGGCAUCAACACUGAACAAAUAAACUUCACUGCUGCCCGGCAACAGUUCCUGGAGAUGGAGAAGUCACAGCCAGAAAUCCCACUGAGCCCAAGACCCUCUCCCAGGAUCUUGAAUCAAUCUUCCAGACCAUCUGAGUCAAUGUAUGCUCCUCACUACAAGGCAGACACAAGUCCAGGGGUCACUCUAAAGGCUAUUAGAGUUGAAUGUUUCCCUGACGAAGAAAGGGAGCACCCGGAGAAGCCUUUCCCUAAAAGCAAUGGCACCUUCAUUGCUACAAAAGCAACUGUGGAAAAUGGUGAUGGUGAGAGCCAGCAUAGUCUGCCUGUCUACUCAUCAUUAGAUGACCUUGACUCUGGACUGGGGGAGAUGUCCAAUGACUGCAGCUAUGGGUAUACAAGUGAUGGUGGGGCAUCAACUGAAAUACUGAACACAGGAACUGAUAACAGUGGUGCUGCUUUGGAAUCCCCAGAGCUGAAACAUGCAUCUGAAACACCCAUUCAGAGGGAAAUUCGAUUGGCCAUGGAGAGGGAAGACAGUCUUCGUAAGGAGCGAGGAAUUAAGAAGUCUAGCAACUCCGAAGAAAUGGUGGAAAUCAGAACCAAGCCACUGUUAUCGCAACUGCCUCCAGCAUCUCCUUUCUCAAAGUCUAAAGACAAAAACCGGAUGGUCUUUUUUGUUCAAAGAGAUAUCGAAAUGGAGUCGAAGAGGGAAGAGAAGUUGAGGGAAGAGGGUAAAGUCCAGGGAUUAUAUGAUAAAGGAACGCCGGAAGAGGUGGAGAAACGCAAAAAGGUUUUUGAACAGCAAGUAGAUGAUGUGCCUGUUGUGCCACAGCAGGGCCUCCACUCGAAGGUAACCACUCCUGCUCCACAGGAUCCUGGCGCUGUGCACAGCCUUCCAGUGGAAGAUAGCACAAUCAAAGUUGAUCCGACAGAAUACAAAGUAAUCUUGCGGGAAUAUCCAGACUAUCAGCUGAAUAGUAAAAGCAGUCCCAAGACCUACAGUUCAAAGCUGGACUCGCCUUCACACAGCACAAGGCUGGUGGAGAACUGGACCACACCCAGUGAGGAGCCCUACAUCUUGCGACCGCUCAAGUCACAGACCACUUUCCUGAUUGAGAGGGAAAUUGAGGAAGAGCAGCGUCGGGAGGAGGAGCUGCGGGCUCAGAGGCAGAGGCAGCAGCCGGCUCUGAACCUUGAUUCGACUGCCAGACCAGAUCGCCUGAAUUCUACAGAUAAUCUAAUGUCUCCUGGGCAGCCUUCAAUUGCUGGGACUUCAGAUGGUGAUCAUACAAAAGACUUUACAGAAACGAUACAGAAACAUGAAAGGCAAAAAGGGAAACCGUGGGAAAAGAAGGACGACACUUCGUAUGCUGGUAUCGAGGCUUCUGAUGACGUCAACAUUGAGGUGCUGGAAUCUACCAGAGUAACUCGACGCCAAAGUGCCUUGGCACAGCGCUGGGAGGCUGGGAUAUUCCACAACCACCUGGAAGAAUGAAGCUGGUCUUCUGAUCUGAAGUGAUAUAAUUGUAUUCUAAAAAGCACUGCCUGCUGAAUAGAAAUGAAGUUCUGUCUUGCACUCUGAAAUGAUUUAACUCAAGUAACUGUAUAUAUACUGUAUAGGUAACUUGGCCAUGACCUUCAAGUUCCAAGCUUGGGCUUGUAGUUUCCAUCUUCCUUUGUAAAUGGCAAUGCCGUAUUAGGGAGAACUCUUUGUAGCUAUGAGUGAAAUGGUAGGUUCAGCGGUAACCAACUUCCCUCAGAUCCCUUUCCACCGUUGGAGUUCUCAGCUUUGUUUCUUUUGGAAUGGACAUUUUGGUAAAUGUACUUUUAAAGGGAAGCCCUCCUGGGUUCCAUGAACUGUUCUUGAUAAUAUCAGGGAACCUUUUUGCAGAGAAGCAGAAUCCUAUUUGUGUGCAUUUACUUAAAAACAAAUUUCAUCAAUAAAUCAGUGUCUGUUACAAAGGCGCUUUCAAUGGACAGA